AUGAAUACUGGCAGUCAUGAUAAACACAUAAAUGCGAAAUGUAUUGAGAAUUUGUGCAAAGGUAUGGUUCACAAUAUUAUCCCAGAUUUAGAAAAGGCAAAAGUUUCUGUUGAUGAGGCACUAAGAAAUCAGGAAGUCUUGAUUGAAACAGUCCAACAGGAAAAUACAAAAUUUGUGGAUUGUACAAGUAUGGGUCAGCUGGUUGAUAUGAUGCAUGAAGCAAAGUCAUAUUACAACAAGCUAAUGACAGUUAAAAAAGAUAUGAAUAUGUUGUCAGAUAAAACACAGAGACUUAAAAGAAGAGCCGUGAAACUUCAGCAACAAAAGCAAAAAGAAGAACAGUAUUCAAUUCAGCGACGUGAAAGAGAAUUAGAGAAAGAGCAACAACUGAUAGCCAGAGUUGCUAAAAAAAGUGAUACUCCUUCGCCUUCUACAAAUGAUCAUGAUUCUAACACAGUGUGA